UAAAACGCAACUGCAACUGGGUCCGGAGAGCUGCACAAAAUGCGUGAUCAUCCAGCAGUGCCCAAUGUGUUUCGAGUGGCCUCCUCGCACAGUAUAAACAGCAUGGGCGUAACGGCCACGCCUCGCAACAAUAGCAAGCAGCAACAGCAAAUGCAACAACAGAUUGGCAACAACAACACUGAAUUGGGCAAGAGCAACAGCUACGAGCAACAGCAACAGCAACAGCAGCAGCAACCAGCACAGAUGGAACUACAACCGCAACAGCAAUUAGCUAAGCAUCAGUUAACCACCAGCGCAUCCAUUGAGCAGACCCGUCAAUCCGUGCAGCCACAGCAAUCGCCAUACGCAACGCUGCCACGCGGCGGACAGCAGCGACGCGCACAGCAGCAACAUCUGCAGCAGCAGCAGCAGCAACAUAUGCAGACUGGUGUCAUCAACACCAUUUCCGGCAGCAUUCCAGCAACUGGCUUUUCAUCGCUGGCGGGCAGCUUCAGCGACUUGCAGCUUAACAAUCUAAACCAUAACAACAUCAGCUGCAGCAGCAACAAUAAUGAUAGACGACAGCAACAGCACCAACAGCACCAACAGCAACAGCAGCAGCAGCAGCGACAGGUGUCUUCGCUGGGCACCUACAAAACUGCCGAGCAACAGCAGCAGCGGAGAGCGACAACUGGCGCCGGCGGCGCCAACUUGGAUGUCCAGAGCGGACUCAGCAACAUGGUUAACGCCAAUGUCAGUGGCACUUUUCUAUGGCUAUUGACACCUGUUGCGGCUAGCAUUUCGGUGGCAAUUGUUAUCGCCGCCCUGGCCGGUCCCCAGUGGCUUUUUACGGAGGAGAAGCUGCCCAAUGCUAACUAUAAUGGCACCGCCAACUUUAAUGCACUGGACGAUGGCGCCUAUGUAACGAAAUAUACCAAGUCUAGCCUCUGGAUACUGUGCACAACGCUGCCAGGUCUAGACGUGGACACAUUCAACUGCGUCAAAAUUGAUUACUUCCCAAAUGAAGGCUAUCAACCUGACCCGCACGACUCAACGGCAGCCAUACCCUAUACGGUAACUAAGACCUGCCCCAUCUUUCUGUCCGCCGGCAUUUUGCUAUUCAUCAGCUUUAUUAUCUUUAUGAUACCCACGUGUUCGCAUCAGAACAGUCUGUACUAUUUUAGUGCCGGAAUACUAUUUAUCGUUAGCGGUCUGGUCAUGCUCAUUGGUUUGAUAGCCUAUAUAUCCAUACUGAAGGCCGAGAUCGGCUCCAAGCUACGACCACGCUCUACACUGCAGCCGGCGCUUAUCAAGGUGACCUACGGCCAGAGUUUUUUUCUGUUCGUCUUUGGGUUCAUUGCCACUGAGUUUGUCGGAGUGCUCAACAUUUUCCUCUUCAUUAAUCUGCAGGAGUUUAGCUAUUACAGCCGCCUACCUUGCUUCAGUGUGGCCGACAUACAAGCCAGGUGCAAGGAGGGGCAGGGGGAGCAUGUCCUAAGCCAUUCGUAUAAGCGAUAUAAGCAGCCGGGCACUGCAGCUGCUGCAUCCCAGGAGACACCUCCGAUGCCAUUGCAUGGCCAACGGGAGCAACAGCAGCCAUCUGGCCACCAACAGCAUCCGCGCCAAAUGGCGCUGCGGUCGAGCAAUGGACGAUUGCAUCAGGUGCACGAUGCGGGACGUGGUCCCAGCCAGACGCAAACUCUACCUGCCGGCUAUGCGUGCCGCAAACAUCCAAAUGCUGGCGGCUCCAAUUUGAACCUCUAUCUUCACAACGAUCUGGAGCGUCGCUUCUACUUUGAGAAGCCGGCGGUUUCAAAGUGCAAUGUGCAUUCCCGCAGCUUUGCCAAGUCCUUGAAUGAGCUGUGCAUGGAGCCAGCUUUGCCGGCACCGGCACCACCGCCACCAGCAGCAACGUUUGCCGAUCUGCCCCAGGAGUUUCCGCUGACGCGCUCCGUUUCGACCACGACGGACAUUUACACGCCACCCUCGGUGCAGCCGCAGCGCAAGCAGCGACGCAACAUGGCCACCAACACCCAGACUCCAUAUGAUGACGAGGAGGAGCAAACGGCACGCCUAUGCGGCCUGAAGCGCGGCCUGCGCAAGACCAAAGACGAGCUGUUCCAGGAGUUCUGCAAGCGCGCUGGCAUGCGCAGCAAGCCUAAGAAUAUUUACUACAUUCCCAGCGAGGAGGCGGAUGAUGCGCCCCCGUCCCAGGAGCCUCAGCCGCUGCGACGCAGCUACGAGGAGAGCCACAAGAGCAACCACAACGAUGAUGACGACGAUGACGAUGGCGAUGAUCAUGGAUUUCGACAGUUUCGCUCUGGUCCUACCUUGGACGAAGAUCAUCUAUAUGUCGUCGGGGAUCAAGCCCAGCUUGUGCUUCCCCGCCGCGUGUCCAUGUGUGUGGAUCCAAUGCUGCCACCGUUGAUGCAAACGCAGCAAUUGCGCAAACUCAACUCAAAUCUGUCGCUGCACACACCACAGUCGGACGCAUGGCCCUGGCCGAUGCAGCAGCGCCUGGCGUCGGAGCAUGGCCAGAGCCGGACGCUGCCGCGGUGCUUCCUGCGUCAGCCGGCAGGCAGCCAGGACAGCCUGGGCUCGCUGCAGAGCAGCUACAGUGCCAGCCAACAGCGCUUCUCGCAGCUGAUGCACCAGCACCAGCAGCAGUUGCACCAGCAGAACCGCUAUCUAUCCACGCUGACGCUGCCACGACCUUGCGACGAGGCACAGCUCAAGCCGCAGCCGGCGGUGCACUGGCCAACGGCCAUACCUUCCUCGCCAUCCAAUUACGCCACCGGCUACCCACUUCCGCAGCCGAUAUACGCACCCGCUAUUGCCGUGCCGGUGUCGAGCGCUGUCGCUGCAUCUCAUCCGCCCAAAUUCCAGCGCGCCUACGCCUUCGACGACGCUCAGCGCCGUGCCAGCUUUGCCGUCAACGAGGGGUAUGAUCUUGACGAAAUUGAGCGCGAACGCAGACGCUCUCAUGCGAGUCUCUUCGGUGGUCCUGGCAUGCCGCAGACGAGGGAGCAGUAUGAUCUCAUUAAUGGCACCGCAGUUUAAGGCCAGGAUGAGUUUAGGACAACUGGUAUAUGUAGGUUGGAGGUUGAAGACGAUCGGACAGCAUCUAUCUAUACUCCACGCAAAUAAAUGUUUCCCUAAGCUUUAGAGAAUCGCCAUAAAAUGAAAAGCUUCAGAUUCAGAAA